AUGAACAAAUUGGAAGUUCAGACCUUCGGUGAAUCACCAGUACAAUCUGGGCAUCCUACAUCUUCCACAGCACCGCCAACUGGAAAUCGUGCAACUUUCUCACCACCACCGUCUGGGAAUCCUACAUCUUCCAUAGUAAUGCUGACGGAGAAUCCUAAUUCUACUGCACAAGAGUUCUUUCCAGAAGGAUAUCUAGAUCACGAAGCUGUGACAGCUUACAUGGUUUCAAUUAAAACGGGCCCUGAUGGUAAGAAUAACAAGGAUCAAGAUGAAGCUCAGACUGUGGAGAAUCAUGCAAAGGACGCUGCCAUCAUUGAAAAGUCCGAUGAUGAUGAAGUAGUUGGAGGUACGCUGGAUUCAUGUUAUGCACCAAUUAUUUUCACUGACGAAGAUCUUCAGUUGGGUUCGAAGCCGCACAAUUGUCCUCUUUUCAUUUACAGUUACAUAAAGGAAGAAAGAGUUACUCGAAUUCUUGUUGAUGGUGGAUCAGCGGUGAAUCUCAUGCUAAAAUUUACAAUGAAAAAUCUCAGCAUCACAGUCGACGAGUUAUCUCGUAGCCGUCUUAUUAUUCAAGAAUAUGAGGUUAAGAAAGAUAAUCUAGUGCCAUACCAUCGUUAUGCCUCUCAUUUGUUGGAACGAUUUGAUAGCGUCAUGCUAGAACACAUUCCGAGGAAAGAAAAUCGGAUAGCUGAUGCUUUGGCAAAUUUAGCUACAAUAUUGGCGUUAACUGCUAAGGAUUUAGUUGAUGUUCCUGAUAUCUUUUCGUUUAUAAUAUUUGUUCUUGGCAUAGUUUCUUCCAAGAUUAUUUCCUCAAAUGCCAAUAGAAAUGCAGGCACUUUUAACGUCUUAGAGUAUGGAGCUAUCGGAGAUGGCCAUAAAGAUGAUACUCAAGCAUUUAUCAAGGCAUGGAAUGCUGCAUGCAGCACAGCAAAUGGAACUCCUAAGGUGGUUGUUCCAGAAAAGAAGACAUUUUUGUUAAUUCCAGUCAUGUUCAACGGUCCAUGCAAGGCUAAGAAAAUAGAUUUUAUGAUUUCGGGAAAAAUUGUGGCGCCAUCCUCACCUACCGUAUGGAAGGGGCGAGAUGCAAGUCAAUGGCUAGGAUUCGGUAGCAUAAGUGGCCUCAACGUCUAUGGUUCGGGCAUUAUUGAUGGACAGGGCAGAGGUUGGUGGGAUCAAUCAUGCAGAUAUCAUCCUGAACUGCAAGGAUGCACUAAACUGGCACCAACUGCUUUAAAGUUCCUUUCAGGCAAUGAAAUCAGUCUCAGCAAUGUUAAUUUCACAAACAGCCCACAAACUCAUGUACUCAUAAUGGGGUGCAACAAGAUGAGCGUUCAAAGCGUGAUGAUCGAAUCUCCUGGAGAUAGUCCCAAUACUGAUGGCAUUCACAUCCAUAACUCUCACAAUAUAAGUAUCAUCAAGUCCAAAAUAGGCACCGGUGAUGAUUGUAUUUCUAUUGGAGAUUACAUUUCUAACCUAAACAUAACCAAUAUUGAAUGCGGACCUGGACAUGGAGUAAGCAUUGGAAGCUUAGGUUUGGGAGGCAAUUUUGUACAAGUAGAGAACAUUUAUGUGAGUAAUGUCUCCUUGAAGGGAACUACCAACGGAGCUCGGAUCAAGACAUAUCAGGUUGGAAAAGGAUACGUCCGAAAUGUUACAUUUGAGGACAUUAAAUUCGAUUCUGUCGAUAACCCAAUCAUCAUUGAUCAAAAUUACUGCUCAGCCCCUGGUGCUUGCAAAGAAUUGCCAACUGGAGUUCACAUAAGCGACGUGACCUACAAGGGCUUGUAUGGAACAUCGAGCACGGAUAUAGCUAUCAAUCUCAAUUGUAGCCGAUCAGUGGCGUGCACUGGAAUAUCGUUGCAAUCCAUAAAAAUUACCUCCGCCAAAUCUGGAAAGCAAGCCACUGCUAAUUGUACUAAUGCCCAUGGCAAAGAAACAGGAGUGCUACCUGGUCCCUGCCUCUUAAAUUGA